UUAUUGUGUCUCCAAGGAGAAGAUAAUGACCACACCUAGGAAAGAAAAGAAAAGAGAAUCUCGCCGACAGGAAAAGGCUGAAAAAGCAGCUCUUCUCGAUAAAAGCAUUGAGAAGGAACUGCUGGAACGCCUUUCUAAAGGAGUGUAUGGUGAUAUAUACAAUUAUCCUGAGCGGAAGUAUCUAGAGAUUCUUGGUAGGAAAGCAAUGCAGUUGGUUAGUGAAGAAGAAGAUGAGGAGGAACAUGAAGUGGAAUAUGUUGAAGGCUAUGAUGAUCUUGAAAAGGAAGAUGAUAUGGAAGAUUUUGAUGGUCUUGGAAUUAGAGACAGUGGCUUGGAUGAUGAUACCGUUGGAAUGGACGGCGAGGACGAGGAUGAUGAUGGAGAGGCUGUUGCAGUUCAUCAGAAGAGGGAUAGAAAGGAUUCUGUUUUAGCUAGAAGAAGAGCAGAGAAAGAUGAGCCAAGUGCAAAUUCAAAGAAAAAGGCGAAAGUGCUUGUGGAGGUUGAGCAUGAGGAUACGGGUGAAAGACGGACAGCAGUACAAUGAGAGAUUGUAUUCCGUAAUUCUACAAUUAUCAAAAUGCUUGCUUUAAGUGGCUGCGAAAUUCA